AUGGCCGAUAUGGUCAACCAAGCCGACCAAGCGGGCAAUCCGCCGUCUCUUAACAAUCGAACCGCCAUUUUGCUCGAAGACGACGACCGCGCCGAGUCGCCUACCGACCUUGCGAUGCCCAUGUAUCGCCGACAGCCUAAUGGACAAUCUCAGACAAGCAGCCCAUCUCAAGACCAGACUACCAUUGUCCAAUCGGUUUCUGCUUCUCAGAGCGCCGCGUCGUCGCCGGAUGCCCAGCCGACCGCUCAGCCCUCGGUCACCCCUGCGCUGAACAACAACUCCAAUGCUGAUACCGUUGCCGCUCUCCCCGCCGCGGCGGUUCCCACUGCGACUGUUCCCGCCGUCGCUACAGCCCCUAUUUUGGCCGCUCAGUCCGCACCGGCUGUCGCAGCUUCGGGUGCCAUCUUCCAGGCCAACCCGGCCAACAACCCGGCGGUGGGGUUCCGUCUUCAUGACAACCUCAUUGCUAUGGCGGUCCCUCGCCUAUGCGAUACCCGCCGCCGCCUCUUCAACGAAAUAAACAUCCACGAGGCCCGCGUUUGCAAAUUCAUGGACGAUUGCAACAUCAGCAGGGAAGCCAAUGGAGAAAUCCCAUGGCGCAAAUCCAUGUCACAUAUUUUUGGCCGCAACAAAAACUGCACCCGCGCGAUUCCGGAGAACGUGUGGAUGUGGGUCUGCCGCAAGCACUAUCAGCGCGCUCGCUACCGGAAUGAUCAUGAGUACAACAUAAAGUUGUGCCGUAUGGUCGAGAUCCAGGUCCUACGCCUUGAGGCCUGGAGCAACUACAACAUGGACACUGGUGCCAUUGACGAUGGCAUCGUCGUGGAUUGGACCCUGGCUGUUCGCCGUCGCGAGCAGCUCCGCCUAAACGAUGAGACCAAGUCUCGUAAGCGCAAAUCUCCUGACGAGGAUGACGACGAUGUGGACCCGGCGGCCGCCGCGGAAAUGGACCUCAGUCUUGUCCCGCAGUGGAUUCUGGCGGUGGUGGGCAGUGGCAAGCCCACACUAGAGAUCAUUCGCAUUGUCGCUCGCAUCCACAGCGAGCUAGAGGGCGGCAUUCUGACCCAUUUCCCGGAUAUCGAAAUCCUCCCCAACAUUACCGGUACCAGGGCUAAGCCUAGGCAGACUAGGGGCGGAUCAGGCUCUGGCCCUGGCCCCGACAAGAAGGGUCGCAGGGUGCAGCAGCCCAAGCGUCAACGCUCUAACGAGAGCGACCAUCGCGCGGAGCUCCCCGAUGACGGUUCUCGCGGAAAUGUUGGUGAUCUUCAGCGUUUCCCUCCCCGGGGAGCUCCCGUGCCCAACCACUACGGCGGCGCCCCGAACUUCCAGAGCAUGUACCCCGCUCCACCGCCCCAGCCGGCUCACCAUCGUUCCGCCUCGCUAGGCACCAACAACUACAACCAGUAUGCCCAGCAACCAGUGGGUUAUGGUGGGUAUGGCCAGAACGACUAUAACACUGGCUCAUAUUUCGCCGCCCAGGCCAGCCAGCCCCAGAAUGGGUACUGGACACCGGACUACGAUGCUCGCCAGCGUAGAUUGCAACAGGCUAAUACAUCCUCCUACCCUCCGCCGAACAACGGCUACAUGCCGCCGUAUGAUAGCGGCUACCAGGGUGUCCCUUCGGGACCUGCUCCUCCCGUCAGCGCAGCUAAGCACUCGCGCAACCUGAGCACUCCCAUUCGCCCUACCCAGCCCGCGAUGGGUAACGAUCGCCCCGCCUAUCCUGGCUCAAUGUACCAGUCGGGCUACCCUUCGGAGCGAGACCAGCGACCGCGCUACGAUCCCGCCUCUCGCUACCCAGCCUACACCGGUCUCCCGAUUCCUGGCGUCAACACCGGGGCUGACUCCAUGGGCCACGCCCCCGCUGCGUCGACCACCGGUCCUCGUCUUGCCCUCCGCGGCGGUCCGCCUGGCCCCUCUGCCCCUGGCUCGGGUCCCAGCGCUUCGGGCCCGGAGGGUUAUGAAUACCCGCCCAUUUCCAACCCCCGACCUUAA